AUGCAGGGCAAGUUGGCCUCCUUUUUCCUGUCUAGAGUGGAUGCCGUGAGCCCUCAGCUCCAGCAGUUGGCCUGUGAAUGUUAUUCCAGACUGCCCUCUUUAGGGGCUGGCUUUUCCCAGGGCUUGAAGCACACCGAGAGCUGGGAGCAGGAGGUGCAUAGCCUACUGGAUUCACUGCAUAGCCUGCUGGGGGCCCUGUACGAGGGAGCAGAGACCGCUCCCGUGCAGAGUGAAGGCCCUGGAGUGGAGACACUGCUUUCCCCCUCAGAAGAUGGUGAAGCCCAUAUACUUCUCCGGCUUCGGCAGAGGUUUUCGGGACUGGCUCGCUGCCUGGGGCUCAUGCUCAGCUCUGAGUUUGGGGCUCCUGUGUCUGUCCCUGUGCAGGAAAUCCUGGAUGUCAUCUGCCGAACCCUAAGUGUCAGUAGCAAGAAUAUUAGCUUGCUGGGAGAUGGUCCCCUGCGGUUGCUGUUGCUGCCCUCUGUCCACCUUGAAGCCUUAGACCUGCUCUCUGCACUCAUCCUUGCGUGUGGUGGCCGGCUCCUGCGCUUUGGGGUCCUGAUCAGCCGCCUGCUUCCCCAAGUCCUCAAUGCCUGGAGUAUCGGUAGGGAUUCUUUCUCUCCAGGCCAGGAGAAGCCUUACAGCACCAUUCGGACCAAGGUGUAUGCUGUGUUAGAGCUGUGGGUGAAAGUCUGUGGGGCAUCAGCAGGAGUGCUUCAGGGAGGAGCCUCUGGAGAGGCCCUGCUGACCCAUCUGCUCAGUGACAUAUCCCCCCCAGCUGAUGCCCUUAAGCUGCGCAGCCCCCGGGGAAGCCCUGAUGGGGGUUUACAAACUGGGAAACCCAGUGCCCCCAAGAAGCUAAAGCUGGAUGUGGGGGAGGCUAUGGCCCCGCCCAGCCACCGGAAAGGAGAUACCAAUGCCAAUAGUGAUGUGUGUGCAGCUGCACUGAGAGGCCUCAGCCGGACUAUCCUCAUGUGUGGGCCUGUGAUCAAGGAGGAAACUCACAGGAGACUGCAUGAUCUGGUCCUACCCCUGGUCAUGGGUGUCCAGCAGGGUGAGGCCCUAGGCAGCUCCCCAUAUAACAGCUCCUGCUGCCGCCGUGAACUCUACCGCCUGCUCCUGGCACUGCUGCUGGCACCUUCUCCUCGCUGCCCACCUCCUCUCGCCUGUGCCCUGCAAGCUUUCUCCCUUGGUCAACAAGAAGACAGCCUUGAGGUCUCCUCUUUCUGCUCAGAAGCACUGGUGACUUGUGCUGCUCUGACCCACCCCCGUGUUCCUCCCCUGCAGUCCAUGGGCUCCACCUGCCCCACACCUGCCCCAGUUCCCCCUCCAGAAGCCCCAUCUCCCUUUAGGGCCCCACCCUUCCAUCCCCCCGGCCCUAUGCCCUCAGUAGGCCCCAUGCCCUCAGCAGGCCCUAUGCCUUCCGCAGGUCCCAUGUCCUCCACAGGCCCCAUGCCCUCUGCAGGUCCCAUGUCCUCUGCAGGCUCCAUGUCCUCCACAGGCCCUGUGCCCUCAGCACGCCCUGGACCUCCAGCGACAGCCAACCACCUAGGUCUCUCUGUCCCAGGCCUGGUGUCUGUUCCUCCCCGGCUUCUUCCUGGUCCCGAGAACCACCGGGCAGGCUCAAAUGAGGACCCCGUCCUUGCCCCUAGUGGGACUCCUCCACCUACUAUACCCCCAGAUGAAACUUUUGGGGGAAGAGUGCCCAGACCAGCCUUUGUCCACUAUGAUAAGGAGGAGGCAUCUGAUGUGGAGAUCUCCUUGGAAAGUGACUCUGAUGACAGUGUGGUGAUUGUGCCAGAGGGGCUACCACCCCUGCCACCCCCACCACCCUCAGGCACCACACCUCCCCCCACAGCCUCUGCUGGGCCACCAGCAGCCUCCCCUCCUGUGCCAGCCAAGGAGGAGCCUGAAGAGCUUCCUGCAGCCCCGGGACCUCUCCCACCACCCCCACCUCCGCCCCCACCUGUUCCUGGUCCUGUGACACUGCAGCCGCCCCAGUUGGUCCCUGAAGGGACUCCUGGUGGGGGAGGACCUCCGGCUCUGGAAGAGGAUUUGACAGUUAUUAACAUUAACAGCAGUGAUGAGGAGGAGGAGGAAGAGGAAGAAGAGGAAGAAGAAGAGGAGGAAGAAGAGGAAGAGGAAGAGGACUUUGAGGAAGAGGAAGAGGAUGAAGAGGAGUAUUUUGAAGAAGAAGAAGAGGAGGAAGAAGAAUUUGAGGAGGAGUUUGAAGAAGAAGAAGGUGAGUUAGAGGAAGAAGAGGAGGAGGAGGAAGAAGAAGAGGAAGAGGAGUUGGAAGAGGUAGAAGAGUUGGAGUUUGGCUCAGCAGGAGGGGAGGUAGAGGAAGGUGGACCUCCACCCCCAACCCUGCCUCCAGCUCUGGCCCCUUCAGAGUCACCCAAAGUGCAGCCUGAGCCAGAACCAGAACCCGGGCUGCUGUUGGAAGUGGAGGAGCCAGGGGCAGAGGAGGAGCAUGGGGCUGAGACAGCCCCUACCCUGGCCCCAGAAAUACUCCCUUCCCAAGGGGAGGCGGAGGGAGAAGGGGUAAGCCCUGCAGCAGGGCCACCGCCUCAGGAGCUUGUUGAAGAAGAACCCUGCUCUGCUCCCCCAACCCUGCUGGAAGAGGGGACUGAAGGUGGGGAUGACAAGGUACCACCCCCACCAGAGACAUCUGCAGAAGAAGAGAUGGAGAUGGAGACGGAGACAGAGGCAGAGGCCACAGCUCUCCAGGAAAAGGAGCAGGAUGACACAGCUGCCAUGCUGGCUGACUUUAUUGAUUGUCCACCUGAUGAUGAGAAGCCACCACCUACCACAGAGCCUGACUCCUAGCCCUCUUCUGUAUCCCUACUUCUUGUUUUCAAUAAAGUUAUGUCCUUAGAUAGCAA